AUGGCACAAUUUGGAAUACCCGAUGCAGCCAAUGAAUUAGGUCGUCUUCUGCCAGCGCCUUACCUUCCGACAUAUAUCGCACGUCGUCCGAUUCGUUCAAAAUCGAAUUUAGAAUAUACAACACCAAUUUAUACUUCGAUAUAUGCGAACAAUUGGCCGAAAGCAUCUGAUAAUUAUGCUGCAAAGCAUCGCAGUUUUUAUGAUUCACCGUUCAUAAAUAUUGAUUGCGAUUCAAUUCAAACUACACCAAAAGAAUAUGAUACAUACAAGCAAUAUCUAUUUCAACAGGAUGAACCCGAUUUCAUAGAAGCAUUGAAUCGAGUCCGUCCGUUCACUGUUCCAAAUCAUACGACACGCACCAGUUUGCAAUGGUCUCGAUUUCUCGAUGAAUAUCCGGAUCGUUUUAAAAUUGAUUAUCCCCUAUCUAAUGAUGAUAGUAUUUUAUAUGUUCCACCUCGGCCAGGUCGUUAUCCAUAUCAACCAUAUCGUGAAGAGUCAAAUCUCUAUGCAGGAUUACCAAAUAAAAUUCAUCCUGCAACAAAUCCAUUCCGACAAAUGGAAUCAAGACAAAACUAUACAGUAGCUCAUCCAAUAUGGAAACCGUAUGGUACUCCAUCUCGUCGAUAA